GAAAGCAUUUCGAAAACUAUCAGUCUCUAAAAAGUGUAGAACAAAACAACACAAAAAAAAUUGCAGCAAAACCAAAAUUAUCAGUGAAUCUAAAUUAACGGUUACAACUUAGUAUCGCAAUGGAAGUUGGAGUUACCCUGAGCAACGAACUUGAAACACAGAUAUCUGAAGCAUUUUGCAUAUUUGACACGCAUGGUGACAAAUAUAUUGAUACCCGCAACGUAGGUAAUGUUCUUCGUUUUUUGGGCUGCGUGCCAACCGAAAAGGAGGUCCAAGAUGUCGUUAAGGCCACCGAGUCCGUGGAUUAUCCUGGGGAGACCCAUUUAAUUCGAUUUAUGACCCAUGUCUCUCAACAGCUCAUGGAUGGCAAUAAAUAUCCUUUUGUGUUUCCUGUCUUUUACAGAAUGCACCCAUCAUCCUCAGAGGAGCUGCUCGCGGCUUUUGAGAUUUUGGACCCUGAAAACAAGAAGUUUCUUACCAAAGAAUAUUUUGGGAAACUGAUGGCGGAGGAGGGCGAGCCAUUUACGGAAGAAGAGUUAGAAGCUAUGUGGCCCGUGGCCAUUGAUCCGAUUACUGGAAACAUUCCCUAUACCUUCUACAUCAAUCAACUACGGCACAAGCCCAAUAUCUAUGAAAUCGCAGAGGUGGUUAAGGAGGAGUUGGCCCAGGCAGAAAAAGAAAAGGGCAAGAAGCCAGCUGUGGUUUAACUGAAGGGGAAAAAUAAUUUUUUAAUAAAUUUAAACCUGAUUUGUAUACAAUCUAA